AUGAGCAUCCCGGCACGCGAUCAGCCAGUUGACCUGGUCAUUCGAUUCACUGCUGCUAUACCAGACGUCGUUAUACGAGUGCCCUCAGCGAAACUCACCACAGCUUUAGGCUUGCGACAGCAGAUCAGAUCAGAGCUACCUGCCACAUACGCGUCGAACCGUCUACGACUCAUCGCGGCAGGAAAAGUGCUCACUGACACGACCGCGCUCUCCAAGUCGAUCAAUAUCCCUCCACCGCCUCCGCGUUCGAAAGAUGAUUCAGCUGGUUCAAAAGACACAUCUAAGGGCAAGGCGCCUGCUGGGAGCACCGUCUCCCGAGUCUACAUUCAUUGCUCGAUUGGUGACGCCCUUAGCACCGAAGAAGUCGUUGCUGAAGCAGAGGCCGCUGAGAAGGCCGACAAAGCACUGUUGACAGAAGUGCCAGCUGAGGCUGUUUCAGUAGCGACUCAAGAUGCUACAACUUCAUCCACACCCGCUCCUCGCGGCUUCGACCGCCUCCUCUCCGCUGGAUUCUCUCCUGCCGAUGUAGCGAAUCUGCGUGCACAGUUCAUGGCCAUCCAAGCACACACCCACACUCCGGAUACGAUGCCAACAGGAGAUGGCCUACGGUCGCUAGAAGAAAGAUGGCUUGAGAAUGACCCUGCGAAUGCUGCAGGUGGUGGAGCAGCAGGAACAGAUGAAGAAGGUGGACUUGAAGACAUGCUAUGGGGAAACCUCAUGGGAUUCUUCUGGCCGAUAGCAGCGGCGUGUUGGUUGAUGCGCGAAGAAGGCAUCUGGACAAGACGCAUGCAGAUUUCUGUGCUCAGUGGGUUGCUGGUCAAUCUUACUUUCGGCUUCCUUAGGAUUACCUCUUGA